AAAAGUUUCACGAAAAUGGCAUGAGAGGAUCAUUAAUACAAGAAGAAGAGAACCCCUUGCUUUCCCCUUCCUUCUUAUCACCCAACCGCCGAAAGGCUUUACCUUUUAUUCAUAAAUAUCUCCAUUUUUGUAAUUUUGUAUAUGAAUAUAUUUUGCAUUCAAUCAUUUAUAUCGAUCACGAACAAACCAGGGUUUGAUCAAGCAUCACGAUCUUCAAUCAAUUCUCAACCGUCUGAUUGAUGACUCCGGCGUUGACAUGUCGCCGGCGUUGCUAGAGACCUAGAGCUCCGGCGCACCCCCAUCAACAGCAACAAGCGAACCUCAAUAACGGUCAGAUUUCUCGCCCUUUGUCGUUUGAUUUUUCCUGGGUUUUCGUUGCCAUACCAAUCCGAGCAAUAUCAAAGUUCGUCACACACGAUGGACCCAUCAAAUUUAGGCGAUACAUCGUCGAAUUCGAUGGAGUUAAACUCCAAUUUUAGCUUCAAUACGCCGCCCGGUUCUCGGCAGGGGUCGGGUCUUUCCAGGCCGAGGCUUGUGAAGGUGAGGAGGGGCACGGCCUCCCAGGUUCUGAAGCCGGCUGGCUCCCUGGAAACUGGGUUUCAUCCCGGAUUUAAUCCGUUUCGAACGGGUUUCGAGAGUUCGAAUCCAGUCUCAUCCGGGCCAGAAGCUGGGACUUCAGUUUCUGGGGCAUUUGGGACCCCUAAGAGUGGGAAUGAGGAAAAGUUGUUUGGGGCCAAUAAGAUUGAUCCGACUGCGAAUUCGGGGAAAUGGGAUUCUAGUGGAGGUUUGGGGAGAGUUGUGAUUGAUGAUAUGAGGAAUUUGAAAAUUGGGAGCGGCAAUGAGUUUUUCAAUACAAAAGUGGGUGCUUUUAGUUUUAAUGCAAGAAGUUCGAGUUCACCUGCGGGGUUGGAUAAAGGUGGUUUUGUUUUUGGAAAUGGCAAUAAGCAGAAUUCUAGUAUUGAUGAAAGCAUUGUGUCAAAGCUUCCUGAGGAUAUGAGGAAGUUGAACAUUGAAGGUCCCGAGAAGCGUGAAUCUGUUGAGAUAGGUAAAGAUCAAAAGUUUAAUUGCAGUGCAAGUGAUAAGACCAAGUUUGGGUCGGGUAUUAAUGACAAUGUGGGUGGUUCUCUGGGCCAAAAUAACGAAUCAGAACUACCAAAUGAGUUGAAGAAGAAAUUGAACAUUCAAGAGACUGUGCAGCUGGAUCAAAGUACUGACAGGCAUAAUGCCGAUGAUUUGAAUAAGUUUGUCUUUGGAAAUAGUAAAAAGGAUAGUUAUUUAUCAGCCGGAACCCCGGAAAAUGUACUUCCAGAUAAGAUGAAGACUCUGAACAUAAAGGAUACUUUUGAUGGAAGAAAAGGUAAUCUUCUAUUGAGAAAGAUGGAGAAGUUGAAUAUAGGCAGUAGGGCUGGAGGCUCUAUGCAACCAGAUCCAGGGAGAUCUUCACAUGAAUCAUUUAUAAAAACCAUGGAAACUGGAAAUUGUAGCGACAAGUUAUUUCACAUGAAUGAAAAGAGGGAUGAGUUUUACUUUACAAGCAAGCACGAUGGUAUAGGCACACACUCUUUAGAAUUUAAAUCACCAAACCCUAAAGCAAACGUGUUUUCUGGCGUAAACAAGAAAGUGGAAUUCAAUGCGAAGAGGCAGUCAUUCAAGGAAACAAAAAUGAAAAAAACAUCCGCAAAAUUAAGGCGUUCUACCUCAGCCCCUCUGGGACCUGGGCAUGAUUUUGUUUCUAGAGAAGGCAGUUCUGAAGAAAACAUUGAGGCCUCUGAAUCCUAUUCGCCAAUGGAGGUUUCUCCAUAUCAAGAAACAUUGGCUGAUAACCAGUGUUCAAAAGAGAAUUCUGCUGCAUCUGGUGAAUCAUUUAAUCUACAUAACAACAAUUCGGCCCCUUGUUCAGUACCUACUGUUUCAAAUAUUCUUAUUGAUGAAGAUCUGGCUAUGGCUACAGAACAUUUGGAUAUAAAUGAAGCUGAUGCAACAACCAGAGAAGCAAAAGAGGACACUUAUGAGUACCGUCACGAUGGUAGUGUUGGUACUGAAGGAACUCUUGAAGGAUCUAUGUCCGAGGUUGAAACUGAAAGCUUUAAGUCUGCAGCUGAGGAGGUAGACUUUAAUAGCGAUAACUCUCAUACUUCGGCAGAAACUGAAGCCAGUUCGAGCUCAAACAUGGAGAGCCAUGAUACUGAUGGAAGGCUACACUUUGGUUUCCCUUCAAGUUUGGAAAAUAGAAGUGGGUCUAACUUCACCUUUGCUGCCUCUUCCGCUGCACAAAGUCAAGUAUCUGCAUCAAAACGCCUCCAGAAAAAGAAAAGUCUGGUAAAGGCUGGUCAAGAUACCAAUACUAUAGUUCCAAAUGUUAAGAUUCCAUAUGCAUCAUCCUCUUCACAGUUUUUGCCCUAUUCUGGUGCUUCAGCACUUAUGUCACCUGGACAUUAUCAGAAAAUAGAGUCAUCUAUCCCACAACCCAGACGUGGAGAUAAUACUGGAGUGCGUAAGGAACAGGAGAUAAAGCAAGAAUCUAUUUCUUUGUCUGCUGAAGCAGCUGCAGCUCAGGAAGCAUGUGAAAAGUGGCGACUAAGGGGAAACCAAGCAUACUCUAAUGGGGAUCUGUUUAAAGCUGAGGACUGCUACACACAAGGAGUGAAUUGCGUUUCUAGAAAUGAGACAUCUAGAAGCUGUCUUAGGGCAUUGAUGCUGUGCUAUAGCAACCGUGCAGCAACACGUAUGACUCUUGGAAGAAUAAGAGAUGCACUUGGGGACUGUAUGAUGGCUGCUGCAAUUGAUCCCAACUUCCUGAAAGUACAGGUUAGAGCUUCCAACUGUUAUCUUGCUCUUGGGGAAGUUGAAGAUGCUUCACAACAUUUUAGGAGGUGCCUGCAAUUAGCAAAUGAUGUCUGUGUGGACCGAAAGAUUGCAGUAGAAGCUUCUGAUGGCUUACAAAAAGCACAGAAAGUGUCUGAAUGCCUGAAUCUUUCUGCUGAACUUUUGCUAUGGAAAACAUCUACUAAUGCCGAGCGUGCUUUACAACUUAUUGAUGAAGGUUUGGUAAUAAGUCCUAGCUCAGAAAAAUUAUUUGAAAUGAAAGCAGAGGCUCUUUUUGCGCAGGUGCGGAGGUACGAAGAGGCGAUUGAGCUGUGUGAGCAGACUCUUAGUUCUGCGGAAAAAAACAACCUUCCAGCAGAUAUCAAUGACCAGGUCGUUUCUGUAGAUAGUUCUGAACUCUCAAAGUACUUUUACUUCAGACUCUGGCGGUGCCGUAUGAUUUUUAAAUCCUAUUUUUAUCUUGGAAAACUCGAGGAGGGUCUUGCUACACUAGAUAAAUAUGAGGAAAAGAUGUCUACCUCAUAUAGGAAUUGGAGAAAAACUCUGCAAUCAUCAGAACCCCUUGUUCUCGUUGUACGUGAACUUCUGUCUCAUAAGGUUGCAGGGAAUGAAGCAUUUCAGGCUGGAAGACAUACUGAAGCUGUUGAGCAUUAUACUACUGCUUUGUCCUGCAAUGUUGAAUCACGUCCAUUUACAGCUGUUUGUUUUUGCAAUCGUGCUGCUGCAUACAAAGCAUUGGGCCAGAUUACUGAUGCUAUUGCUGAUUGCAGUCUAGCUAUAGCUCUUGAUGGAAAUUAUCUAAAGGCUAUUUCUAGACGAGCCACAUUAUACGAAAUGAUCAGAGAUUAUGGAGAAGCUGCUAAAGAUCUUCAGAGACUGGUAUCUAUUCUCACUAAGCAGGUAGAGGAAAAAACUAAUCUGUGUGGAACAUCUGACAGAUCCAUUAGCAGCACAAAUGACUUGAGACAAGCUCGUCUUCGUCUUUCUGAAAUAGAAGAAGAAGACAGAAAGGACAUCCCCUUGGAUAUGUACCUUAUUCUGGGAGUUGAACCCUCUGUUUCGGCAUCAGAAAUCAAGAAGGCCUAUCGGAAAGCUGCACUUCGACAUCAUCCUGACAAGGCUGGUCAAUUCUUUUCAAGGAGCGAUAAUGGUGACGAUGGGCGUUGGAAGGAGAUAGCGGAAGAAGUGCACAAGGAUGCUGACAGGCUUUUUAAAAUGAUUGGGGAGGCAUAUGCAGUACUUUCAGACCCAACCAAGCGUGCAAGGUAUGACACCGAAGAGGAGAUGAGGAAUGCACAAAAGAAACGCAGUGGAAGCAGCACAUCUAGAAUGCCAGCAGAUGUUCAAAAUUACCCAUUUGAAAGUAGCAGUAGUAGGCGACAAUGGAGAGAGGUUCCGAGAUCAUAUGGCAACUCAUCUUCUAGAGGGUCAGAAGCAACAUGGUCAAGUAGAUAUUCUUGAAGACAUGCCUGAUUGGAACCUUGAUUCUUCAGAAGAGGUUUUGAAUGGAAUGAGGUUAGAAGAUGGAUUUAUUCCGUUGCUACAUGUGUAGCUUCACUUCAAGGAUCAACCGACAUGUGCAGUUGAUUCAGCUUGCAUCUCAAUGGUAGUGAACUCCCGACAGUCAACAGCUUGCGUGGAUUGUGAUUGUUUACUGGCAGUAGGGGGGAAAAAGCUCUAGUUUCCUUGGAAAGUUUGCAGGCUUACAUAAGCUUUGGUGGAGAUACUGUAGUCUGAAAAUACCAAACGAGGCGAUACCUCCUACAUCAAUGUGUGUUUGUGUGUAGAAAAAGAGGACCGAUAAUGCGUACAGCUGACGGUAUGUGAAGACGCAAACCAGAAAGUGCUUGUUCCAGUUUGCUAGUCAUUUUAUCGACACGCCAGAGAUUGUUUGAAGUGCUGGAAUUUUUGUGUGUUUGAUGCUUUUGCUUCAGAGAUUGUUUGAAGAAUAAUUGAGCCUGAGAAAACUAUUACCACAAAAUAUAUUGUCGACACGCCACAGAUACACACACCGGGUGAGGGGUUCUUUAGUUUUGUGUACAGUCACUAUUUCUGGGUGAGGAAGUUGAAAUGAUUUUAUAUAUAUUUUUUUUCAAAUUCAAUAUAUUUACAUUACUGAGCCCA